AUGUGGGCGCCUGGACAGGCAACUGCUUACGUCCUGCCACGCCCCGAGGCAGCAGCUGCAGGUGCCUCAACAGCACAGUUGUUGUUGUUGAAUGAGCUGCUCGCCGCUGGUAAUGAGGACAACACCUACUAUGGCCAGCAAUUGAAAUACCAACAACAGAGACAGCAGCAGCAACAACAACGUGCAGCCCUGCCGCCCAACUAUUUUGCCAACAAUUGGCCCAGCCUGAGAGAUCUUUUGCUCACCGUGGACUAUGAUGAGAGCGCAAAUGCGUUGGAGAGCAAUGAACAGUUAAACUCACGCCUGUUGUCACGUCUACGCAAGCUGAGCGACACUGCCGUCACUCCCAAUGAGAUGGUGGAUGAGGAUAGAAGCGAUGGUCUAACGGCUAUGCCGGCCAAGAAACUAGCUAGCACCAAGAUAGCGUCCUCACCGAUGAAGGAGCAUAACACCAAAAAGAAUGUGCAAUUUCGUAAACAGUAUAUGUCGCCGUGCCAUUUUAAAAUCUGCAACAUGGGUCGCAAGCGUAAUGCCGGCUCCUUUGUGCCAUACUAAAGGUAUAGACCCCCAAAAUAGACACAAACAGCGAACCCCCAAAAAACGCCAAAGUAUAUAUUUAAACAUAUUCACAAUUAUACGGAGAAUAUAUAGCAAACAAUUGUUGAAAAUGUGCAAGAAAGUAUUGUUUAUUUUUAAAACUAUCUUUAAUCUAUACAUAUAAAUACAUAUGUAAUUUAUAAUAUGCUUAGCGACCUAAUCCAACGCGUCUCUCUAAUCGUCUGACAUACAAAUACGUAGAGAAUUACUUACACACACACACGCAUACAAAUACUAAUAGUAUUUCAUUACUAAAUAAUGUUACAUGUUAAAUCUAGCUGUACGUACUUAUAUGAGUUAUUCUUGUUGUAUUUAAUGAAAAUGUAAAAGAGCAUCCGAUGUUGGAAGCCUAAUUGGAAAACGGAAACCGCGUUUAAAACACGAAAAUAUUGUUAGUUCUUUAAGCUGUGUACGUAUUACUAAUAUUUAUUAAACACGAACUAUGAAAA